CAGCAACAAAUGAUACUUCCUUAAAAUUCUGAGCAAGCUUCCUGGUUGACUGAGUGGAAUUCGAACACCCCAGAGGGAAAGCAGAAUCUGCAAGGUCGGGAAAUAUAUAGCUGCAUUGCUCAGCAUGGACAACCAAGCGUUCGUGGUUAUUCCUCAACAUGGUGUGAUGGCCAGCCACCCCAACCAUAUUUUGUACCCAACUGGUGCCAUGCAUUUGGAUGGCCAGCCACUCGGAGCAGUCUAUUCAAGGAGUCAUCUCUAUGUAGGAACUGAGCCAGCUGUUAACUUAGGUACAGAACGCAGAGGAGAACCCAGGGUACUAGGGGCUAUCCAGAUUCUGAUUGGCUUUGUUCACAUUAGUUUUGGGAGCCUCUUGACCCUUCUCUUGGACGGAAGGCGAUCACAAACUGUGCCCUCUGGAUAUGUGUACUGGGGCGGAUUCAUCUUCAUCAUUUCGGGAUCUGCACUGGUGAUAACUGAGCAUAACAGAUCAUCCCUUCAGAUGAAAGUCAGCACAUGCCUGAACAUUGUGAGCAUUCUUGCUGCAGCUGUUGGGAUAAUUGUUCUCAUCAUAGAUGAAAAUCUUUCCCCUUUUUAUUAUACAACCUCUGACUUAAUACGCUGGAGAGUAGCCCUAGGACUUUUUAAUGUCAUCUUGAUAUUUGCCAUCCUGGAGUUGUUCAUUGGAAUGGUCUCUCUAAGUUUUGGGUAUGAAGCAGUAUCCCGUCAAGGUGAAGAGGCAAUAUAUGAUGUGCCAGAAGCAGUCAUACCACACCAAGGAGAUCUUCUGCCAAUAGGUCCUCCUCCAUCUUAUGAAGCACAUGCCAACCCGUGCUAUGAACCCACAAGCCAGGGGGAAUAGAAAAGCCAAGAUGAGACUCCUAAGAACAAUUACACCCAAUUCAGGCCCUCUGGAAUGCCAAGUAAAUCACAAACUUCAGAUGUGUCUUUGGUGUGUUAUGUACAUAGUUUUGGGAGAAAGGCCUGGGAAUAAAAAGGCACGUCUCUUUGAAACCCCACUGUUGCUCUGUACAUAUUCUUCAGCCAGAGAUAGACUGAUCAGCCUGAUUCUGUCCUCUCUCAGUUUUGCCGGCACUAAAUCAUAGGUUUGUUCCAUGCGGUUGUUGUAUAGAUUUUGUUUGUUGCUCAAAGGAUGGACAAAAAGUUUCUAUUUAAAUUGUACACAUUUUGUAUGCACCUCUUAUGUCAAAUUGUCACACUCUUUUCAUCAAAUAUGCAUUCCCCAAUUCUUUUCAAUGCGUUUUCCUGUAAAAUGUGAAUUUUGUACUAAUUUAAAAUAGGUAUGCCCUUUACCAAUAAUG